AUGGUUUACAGGAGACACGUCUGCGUGCAGAAUAAAGUCGUCACUCGUCCCAUAAAACAGGUGGAGUCUUACUGUAAACCCGUAUACAAGACGUACACUUAUGUGUGCGACAAGGAAAAAUAUCGCCUCUGCUCCUCUUUCAGAGUGGUGUACGAAAAGGCUCUCAGGACCGUUCACAAAAUAGCCGCUCAGACAGAAACUCUGUACGUUUGCUGCCCGGGUUGGACGCAGGUUUCUCAAGCGAAACACGACUGUACUCAAGCUAUCUGCAUUCAAGAAUGUAAAAAUGGAGGAAAGUGUAAGAAACCGGAUCACUGCCACUGUCCUCUGGGAUGGACUGGAAAAAGCUGCGAUAUAGGUAAUUCGUUUAUGAUUAAUACACGAGAAAACUUUACUAAAGGUGCGAACGGUAAUGAUCCUGAAUACUUUAACAUACUGACACUACUGACAAACGAAAUGACAUAUAAACAAGACACAACAAUGUCAAGAAUCGCACAUGGUUUUAAUAUGGCUUCUACCGUUUUAUUCCCAACCUGUG